AGAAUAAAAGAGUAACUCGUCAGCAGAUCCUUGAUAUCGCAGAAGUAAGCUUAUGAAUGACAGCUUUGAAAAUUCGUAAUUUUGUGAAUCUAUUUAAAAAUAUGGUUAUUGUAUACUAAAAGGAUCUAUACAAGUGAGUCUGAAUGAUCGGAAUAAAAUACAUGAAUGUCGCCCCACUGCCGGAACGAAUUUUGUGGUAGAAGAUUAAAAUUAAAGUUGCAUGCACAUGUUCCUGUUUUCUCCAGAAAUUGUGGUUAUCCUGUUGUGCUUACUCUUUUCUGCACUAAGCAAUGUUUUGCCAAAGGUGAUUUUGACUUGCCUACUCCUCAAGAUUUGGCACAUUCACUUAACUUGUAUGAGACUAGCGAUGACACCGCUAGUCUCAAAUUUAUUGCUAUUAAUUAUGGUGAAAAUGUAACAUACUAUUGGCCAAGUAUCAAUUUGACAAAAGUAGAAUAUGAUUCAUCAGGAUUUGAAGUACUUUUGGAAAUAAGCAACUCCACUGAAAAUGAAAAUCCCCCAAGUUCAGAUUUAACUAAACGAGCUCAAAGAACUUGUUACAAUUCUAACAAAAGCUAUAAAAUUACAGGCUGUUCUAACUGUGGUAAAUUCAAAGGUUACUUGAGUGCUCAUAAUUGCAAAUCUAAGGGAAAUAAAGGGUAUUCUUGUUUAGAGGCAUGCAAGUGCGUCUUAAAUGCACCAGAUGGUCAUUGCAGUUCCACCCAAUGUGACGAAUACUGUGGUGCUGUAAACGCGUUUGCUACUGCUGAAGGUGGUGGUUGCUGGACAGGAAAGUGUAAAACAGAAACGGUUCACGCCGUAUUAUAGUUUUCUACCAGAUUGUUCAGUUCAGUUGAUAACUAAGUAUGUUUAUUGGUUAAAUACAGAACACCGAGUAAUUAAUGAUGAAAUAUUUCUCUUAAAAAUAACUUAUUUCCCUAUUUGUUCCCAAUCACUUAUAAGUUCGUGUACACCCCUUUUGAUGAUAAUCCCCGGACAAUACAAAUUAGCAUGAUUGUGACCACGUUUCUUAAACCCAGAAAUGUAGUCCUUUAAUAAAUCAGUGAUCGAUUUGAGGUCAUCAGCAUCACAGUAUAUGUAAAACAAAUAGUGCUUAAUGUCAUUGACGUACUCGUGUACUUGUAUUACUGAGGAAGAAAAUACGAAUUCAAAAUCCUCUUGUAAGCAAUCAAUUGAUAUUUCUCCUAAGAUAGGUUUCUCCAUAAGGAAUAAAUUAAA